UUUUCGUAUUCUCGUUUUCAGAUGAGCUCAACGUCAGCCUCUUCGAAGCAGGGUCGUCCGCCACCGAAACUUUCGAGGCAAUCGCACAACAAAUCUCGGACUGGCUGCGGUCGAUGCAAAGCUAGGAGAAUUAAGUGUGACGAAACAAAACCUGAAUGCAACAAGUGUACAACGUUUGGAGCGAAAUGCGAUUACAACUCCGCAAACUCUAGCAGCCAGAACGCGCAAUUCGAGCGCUCAAUAUUCCGAAAUAGGAAUGGCCCCCCGCUGGUUGGGAGAAGGGGAAGACCGAGAACUACAUGGUGCGACGCAGACCAAGAUUCGUCAGUGGCAGAGGAGCAGUUGGUUCCAUUGCAGCACGUGCAAAAAGGCGUUCCAUAUUCCAUAAGGCACGUUGACGAUAUAGAACUGCUCAAUCAUUUCAUCACCCGAGAGAACGAUUGUACCACGACAACUUCCGGUGAACGUGAUCCUCUUCACGAUCAAGCACUCCUCUUGUCAUUCACAUAUCCAAGUAUCCUCCACCUGGUAUGCGAGUUCUCUGCCCUAGAACUCGCGCGCCACAAUCCCUCGAGGCAAGACCAUUUCCGCUCCCUAGCUGAGAAGCAUUCUAUCAUUGGACUUCAGGGUGCUACGGAUCUUAUACGCCAGAUGGAUACACGCAACUGCCAUGCAGUCUAUACUGCAGCGACAUUUGCGUCCAUCAACCAUUUUGCACGUGGUCCUCGCCCUGGCGAUUAUCUCCUCUGCAGUGAGGCAGGACUACAACAGUGGCUUCCUUUGCUUCAAGGAAUCCGAACCAUCACCGAAAUGGUUGGUGCUGAGAAAAUAAUUGCUGGUCCACUGGAAAAGCAACAUAUUGAGUCUGCUCCAAGAGCUACUAUACCGGCGACCAUCAUCUUCGAAUGUCCUCGUAUUGAUUGGAUAGACCCCUUUGAGCAUCUGAAGGCCUUCGUAGCAAGUUCUAAUGAGUCAGAAUCAGGUGCAGAUGUACAUGCCCUCGAGAGGCUGGCAUGUUGUUUCGAAACUACGUAUGGCAGAGGUGAGGUUCUGGGAAACCUUAGUCAUCAAACUGCGUUCAGCUGGCCAUAUGAAUUAGGGGAGGAAUUUUGCGCGCGAUUGCAGGAGAAACGGCCAGUAUCAAUGAUAAUAGCAGCACAUUUUGCGUUAUUACUUCAAAACUUUGAGUCUAUAUGGUUCCUCCAAGGAUGGUCUGACCAUAUCCUUGCAAGCAUCUAUAAGCUUCUUAAGGAAGAUUAUCGAGUCUGGCUUGAGUGGCCGAUAGACCAGGCCCGAUGGCUCCGGGCAAAAAGAGAAGGUGGGGCGGUGAAUGGUGAAGAACUCAUUCCCGGGGGAUAAAGAAGCAUUUCGAGUGUUACAAUUGGACUAGAAACCUAUGUUAUUUCUCAGCAGCUCCGUGAAUUCAAAGAGCUAUCUCCAUAUAUGGUCAUUCCGUUCCGUC